AUGGCGGCUCCCGAGCCGCCGCUGCCCGGAGCCAGAGGGUGCCCGGGCCCCGCUUCGCUGUCCCCGCCGCGGGGCGACCGAACCCUCCUCGUGAGGCACCUGCCGGCCGAGCUGAGCGCGGAGGAGAAGGAGGACCUGCUCAAGUAUUUCGGGGCGCAGUCCGUGCGCGUCCUGUCCGAUAAGGGGCGGCUGAAACAUACAGCGUUUGCUACUUUCCCUAAUGAAAAAGCAGCGGUAAAGGCACUGACAAGACUCCACCAGCUGAAACUCCUAGGUCACACGUUAGUUGUUGAAUUUGCAAAAGAGCAAGAUGAAGUCCAUUCCCCAGGUCCCUCUGCAGGCACAGACAAAAAGAAGAGGUCUGAGGAGCCUGUGGAAGAUGAUAAAGAAAAGAAAGAACUUGGUUGUUUGACUAUAGAAAAUGGAAUUGCACCAAACCAUGGGCUGACGUUUCCUCUGGAUUCCUGCCUCAAGUACAUGUACCCACCGCCGUCCAGCACAAUCCUCGCAAACAUAGUCAACGCCCUGGCAAGUGUGCCCAAGUUCUAUGUCCAGGUGCUUCAUCUGAUGAAUAAAAUGAAUUUGCCCACACCUUUCGGACCAAUCACUGCACGGCCUCCCAUGUAUGAAGACUAUGUGCCGUUACACGCCCCUCUGCCCCCUGGGUCUCCUCGGCCCCCAGAGGACCCGCCUUUGCCAGAUGAGGAUGAGGACUUAUCGAGUAAAGAAUCCGAGUACGAAAGCAGCGAUGAGGAAGACCGACAGAGAAUGGCCAAACUAAUGGAAUUAGCAAAUCUUCAGCCCAAAAGACCAAAAGCAACAAGACAACGCCAUGUGAGGAAAAGGCGGAAAAUAAAGGACAUGCUGACCACACCUGCGCCCGUGUCUCACAGCUUACACCCGGUGCUGUCCCCGUCGGAUGUAUUCGAUCAGCCACAGCCACAGGUCGGGAAUAAAAAGAUUGAGUUCCAUAUAUCUACCGACAUGCCAGCUGCAGUUAAGAAAGAUUUGGAAAAGGAAGAUGAUUUUGAAGAACAAAAUCCUGAUUUACCUGCUGCUCAAGGCGAUGCAUCCACUGUAGGAUUUGGAAAGAUCUUCCCCAAACCCAACCCGAGCGUCGAAGAGGAAAGUAAGGAAGACUCGGACGAGACGCCGUCCGAGUGUAUCUCCAGGCGGGAGCUGGAGAAGGGCCGGGUUUCUAGAGAAGAAAUGGAAACGCUUUCGGUUUUCAGAAGUUAUGAACCUGGUGAACCAAACUGUAGGAUUUAUGUAAAGAAUUUAGCUAAACAUGUUCAAGAAAAGGACCUUAAAUUUAUUUUUGGAAGAUAUGUUGACUUUUCAUCAGAAACACAACGGAUCAUGUUUGACAUCCGCCUGAUGAAGGAGGGCCGCAUGAAAGGACAGGCCUUCAUUGGGCUCCCAAACGAAAAAGCAGCAGCAAAGGCCUUGAAGGAAGCUAAUGGCUAUGUGCUUUUUGGAAAACCCAUGGUGGUCCAAUUCGCUCGGUCUGCUAGACCAAAACAAGAUUCUAAAGAAGGAAGAAGGAAGUGA